AUGAAGAGAGGAGGACCAGGACCAGAGCACACCAUGAAGAGAGGAGGACCAGGACCAGAGCACACCAUGAAGAGAGGAGGACCAGGACCAGAGCACACCAUGAAGAGAGGAGGACCAGGACCAGAGCACACCAUGAAGAGAGGAGGGACCAGGACCAGAGCACACCAUGAAGAGAGGAGGACCAGGACCAGAGCACACCAUGAAGAGAGGAGGACCAGGACCAGAGCCACCAUGAAGAGAGGAGGACCAGGACCAGAGCACACCAUGAAGAGAGGAGGACCAGGACCAGAGCACACCAUGAAGAGAUGA